UAAUCUUACUUUUUUCUCCAUUUCACACUGCAAAUAAAAACCACAACUCUCACAUACUUUGACCAUACAUACAUAAGCCUAUCAUCACCCUUCACCACCACUCUGAUAUUUUCCAGAUGAAUCAAACCCCAAACCCAAACAUAAAAACAAUCUCACUUUCAAAACAACAAAAAAGCUAAAAAAAAAACUAUCCUUUUCUUCUUAUACACCCCCCUCAUACUCAUAUGUUUGUCAUGAAACCCUAAUAAUACUACAAAGAAUCACUCUCUUCUCUUGAAUCCAAACAGAGUAAGUUCGUGUUUACACAUCUUCCCUCUUAUGUAUUAUACACAUAUAUUUCCUUUUGUUUGUCACAAAGACAUAUUAAGUAAUAAAAAGUGAGGCAAAGAAGUAAGAACAGUGUACGGUUUUUGUUUUUCUUUCAGAUCCAUAAGGUUUGAAUGAAAAAACGUGGGUGUGUCAUAUUAUGUGUGAUGAGUAUAGCUAGUACAAUAUAUUCUCAAGAAAGAAAGAAAGAAUACAAUCUUUUUCUUUGUUAAUAAUUACCUUAGUCCAUAAACACCCCUUUCUCAUGUUUUUUUCUUUUGUCCCAUACCUCAUUCUCUGUCCUUGUACGAUCACACCACUUAAAUAUGGAGUAUGUGUGGAGGUGUAAAUAGUACUAUUAUAGCAUGUAGUAGUAGUAUUAGUAACCACCUACACUAAAGCAAAAGAAAGAAAAACCAAAUCUCUCUCUCUCUCUCUCUCUGUCUCUCUCUCAUCAUGGAUUCAGGAAAUAGUGGUAGUAUGCAAUCUUCAAGCUGUGGUGAUGAAAUUGAAGAGUAUGAUUCAUCAAAACCUGAAUCGGAUCAGUUGUCGAUGUUUCUGAACAAUCAAUUAUUACCUUCAACAACAACAACAACAACAAGAUCAAUAAGUCAUUUUCUAAACCCACCACCACAAUCUUCUUCUUUACAACAACAAAUGUUUGAUCCAUUAGCAAAUUAUUACAUGGAUUCAUUACAAAAAUCAACACCAUCAAACCAAAACUCAUUUCUAAAUCUUGAUAUGAUGUGGUCUAAAGGUGCUACAGGUAGAUCUGAACAAAAUAGCAAUGAUCUUAGCAACUUAAUGAUACCAUCAUCAUCUUCUCAUCAAAAUCAACAAGCUUUUUUGUUGAGUCAAGUGGUUGGUGAAACAAGAGAAAACAUUAACGUUGUUGGUGGUUCUGUUCCUACCACACACCAUUCUCAGCCAUUAGAUCAUCAUCAUCGUCAACAACGUGGAACAUCGCUUACCAAUGAUCAACAAAAUCUUCAAAACAUCAACAAUAGCAAUAUGGGUAGAAACAAUAAUCCUAAGAAAAGAUCAAGAGCUUCAAGACGUGCACCAACAACAGUUUUAACAACAGAUACAACGAAUUUCAGAGCUAUGGUUCAAGAAUUUACUGGUAUACCAGCACAACCAUUUUCUUCACCUUUUCCAAGAACAAGAUUGGAUCUUUUUGGUUCUUCAAGAUCAUCUUUUUCAUCAUCUCAUAUGGAUUCUCUACCGCCACCGCCGCCACUCCAACCACCUUAUCUUCUUCGGCCUUUUGCUCAGAAAAUUCACUCUUUUCCACCUUCUUCAUCCAUGGUGGAAAAUUUGCUAGUGUCUAAUAAUAAUUCAACUACCAUUAACUACCAUUUAUCUCAGCAGCAUCAGAAUCAGCAGAGUCAUCAUCCUGUAAUGCAACACAACCAAAUUCUCGGUUUUCAAUCAAUUUCUGAAACAGCAACAACAAAAUAUCCAAUUGGGUCCCACCAACAACAAACCUCCUUGGAAAUCUCGCCCAAUGUUGAUUCUCAUAUCAAAAGGGGUUCUCUUUUUGAAGAAUUAUCUCAUCAUGUUAAUGUUAACAACACCAACAAUAUUGGUAAUGUUCUUCAUCGUCAGAACAUGGUUCCCACAUCGUCGUCGUCGGACGUGGUGGUCAACAAUAAUAUGGGUAGUUCUUCGUCGGGGAAUCAGUGGGGUACGAGAACGAAUAAUGGAGGAAAUCUUGGGUCUUUGAGUUGCAUUGAAGAAAGGAAUUGUACAUCAGAUUUUGGUAUAGAGAAAGGACAAGAAUGUGCUGUGGCUACAACAAGAGGUGAAGAGUAGUAGUACAACGCUAAUGUGCAUGAAAUGAAAGAAAAGAAGAAUCUUGGUAUCUUCAUCAUAAACCACGACCAUCAAAUCAAAUUAAUUCAACAAUGUUUUUUA